AUGCCCCGCUCACGGCAGCCCGCUCGGUUCUCGAGCGAAGCUCCCUCCGACUCCUCCUCGUCCACCUCCCCCGAUCGCACCGUCGACGAUGAUACCGAUUUCUUCAUGGCCCAGGCGAAUGACUCGCAGUCCUCGGUCGGCGUGGGCCACUUCCGCGAGUCACACGACCCGAACUCGAACAACAACAUGGUGCUGCCGCCGAUCGGACAUCUGCCGCCGGAGAUCCUCAUCGCGAUCUUUGCAAGGCUCAGCUCGACGACGGAUCUGUUGAGCUGCAUGCUGGUAUGUCGGGGGUGGGCGGCCAACUGCGUCGGGAUCCUCUGGCAUCGGCCGUCGUGCAACAACUGGGACAACUUGAAGAGGGUCACGGCGUCGGUGGGGAAAUCGGAUAGCCUGUUUGCAUACUCGGAGCUCAUCAAACGACUCAAUCUCUCGGCUUUGACGGAUGUCAACGACGGUACCAUCGUCCCCUUUGCACAGUGCAAGCGGAUCGAACGGUUGACCCUGACGAGCUGCUCAAAGCUGACGGACAACGGCGUGUCGGACUUGGUGGAGGGCAACCGGCAUCUGCAGGCUUUGGAUGUCUCUGACCUUCGCUCCCUCACGGAUCAUACGCUGUAUACAGUUGCUCGCAACUGCCCUCGGCUCCAGGGACUCAACGUCACUGGGUGUCUGAAGGUGACGGACGAUUCGCUUAUCGUCGUCUCGCGAAAUUGCCGCCAGAUCAAGAGAUUGAAACUGAACGGUGUUGGGCAAGUUACGGAUCGCUCCAUUAAAUCUUUCGCUGAAAACUGCCCGGCUAUCCUGGAGAUCGAUCUGCAUGAUUGCAAUCUUGUCACGAACGACUCCGUGACCUCUCUCAUGUCCACCCUCCGCAAUCUCCGUGAACUACGACUGGCUCAUUGUACCGAGAUCAGCGACUCGGCGUUUCUCGACCUGCCCGAAUCGCUCACCCUCGACAGUCUCCGCAUCUUGGAUCUUACAGCAUGUGAAAAUGUCCAAGAUGAUGCCGUUGAACGCAUCGUCAGCGCUGCGCCUCGUUUACGGAACCUGGUGCUGGCCAAGUGUAAGUUUAUCACCGAUCGCGCGGUGCAGGCCAUCUGCAAGCUCGGGAAAAAUCUGCACUAUGUCCAUCUGGGCCACUGCUCCAACAUCACCGAUCCCGCGGUGAUUCAGCUGGUCAAGUCCUGCAAUCGCAUCAGAUACAUUGAUUUGGCGUGCUGCAACCGUUUAACGGAUGCCAGCGUUCAACAGCUUGCGACACUCCCCAAACUCAGAAGAAUAGGGCUUGUCAAAUGCACCUUGAUCACCGACGAAAGUAUCUUGGCUUUGGCCCGGCCCAAAGUGACCCCCCAUCCUCUGGGCACCAGCAGCCUGGAGCGGGUUCAUCUCAGUUAUUGUGUGCGACUCACAAUGCCGGGAAUUCAUGCUCUUCUGAACAACUGUCCGCGGCUCACACAUCUCAGUCUCACGGGUGUAGUGGCGUUCCUGGACCCCCAGAUCACAAGGUUUUGCCGCGAAGCCCCUCCCGAAUUUACUCAGCAACAACGGGAGGUGUUCUGUGUCUUCAGCGGUGAAGGUGUCAACCGACUGCGGGACUACUUAAACCACAGAUCUAGCUCCGGUCGCGAGAUGAGCGAGGCUACCAUGUAUGACGACGACGAAGAGCUGGACGAGGAUGAAGGUCAGGUGACCGGCCUCAUGCAUGCGACAGUGAUUAGCGACGAAGACUAUAUUGAUAUUGGACAUGCCCCUGGUUGA